AUGGAAAUAUCGAGAAAGUCUUGCCGCCUGUGUCUAUCGGAGACAGAGUUUAAUGUGUCAUUAUUUGGCAAUUAUAGCCAAAAAACAAAUCUGAUAGACAAAAUUCUGGUGUGUUUGAAACUAGUAAUCGAGGACAACGAUUUAAUAAACACGAUAUGUCACAGAUGCGCCGAAAAUGUCGAGAGGUAUUACGAUUUUAUUAUGUUUAUAAAAAAAACACAGACGAAACUCGCUGAACCGCAGCGUAAAUCGGGGGAUUCUGUCAAUCGCCGUCUCAUAUCAUCAUACGUUCAUGAAAAAAUUUACGACGCUGACUACACGUUCUCGUUUCUUGAUAUGCCUAAUAAUGAAGAAAAGAAAGAGCCGAAACUGUCUAGCCCAUUUUUUUCAUAUUUCUCACCACCAGACAUGUUGAUAAAACGAUCUGUGGAGGAGCCAGUUUGGAAAACGCCGAACCCUCGUCGCGAUGAGAUAUCGAAACCGGAAUUACAGCCUGAUAGAAAGUUAAAAAGGCCUCGCGGGGCUGAAAGGUCACGGCAUCAUUCGAGAGAUUUAUUCGAGUCACAAUCCCAAGAAAUAGAUGAAUCUGACUUUAGAACAAUAGACUGGAAGUUAACACCGGACGAUAAUAUUAUAAAAAGGGUUAGAGAGAAAUGUUUUGGACGGUCUGAGUUUUAA